GAAUUCGUUUCAAACAUGGCAGAAACACGAAGAGAUGGGGCGCAGUGUGGACCGCAUUUUCAGAAAAAAAGAAUAAAAUACAGCCCAGAAGAGGAGGCCGACCUCGAAAAACAGCAUUUCUGGAGAAUAAUCGAUGCUUUUAGGUUUUACAGAGUCCAUGUCCAGGAGCAGGUCAAACGAGCUGAGCUACAGUUUUGGAGCCUCUCACAAAGGCACCAGGCUAUGCUGCCAGAUGUUCUGUCCAACCUGGCCCGGGUCAAAGAGUGCGCCAAACACAAUCAGGAGAUCCUGGAGGCCAUCGUUCACAACAGCCUCCACAUGUUUGAGAACGUGGAGUAUGGUGACAGGCAGGUGGAUCCGAGGAAGGUGCGCUCAUCGUCCACGUUCGACAUGGACAAACUGAAAUCCACUAUAAAGCAGUUUGUCAGAGACUGGAGUGAAGCGGGCCAGGCUGAGAGAGACUCCUGCUACAGACCCAUAAUACAAGAGAUACAGAGACUUUUCCCAAGUGACCAAUAUGAUGUGUCUAAGGUGAGCGUGCUGAUUCCGGGAGCUGGGCUUGGUCGCCUUGCCUGGGAGAUAGCUCAGCUGGGUUACAUGUGUCAGGGCAACGAGUGGAGCUUCUUUAUGCUCUUCUCCUCAAACUUUGUUCUCAACAGGUGUGAAAAGGUGAAUGCUCUGACUCUGUAUCCCUGGAUUCAUCAGUUCAGCAACAACAAAAAGUCCUCUGACCAAACACGACCAAUCAGAUUCCCAGAUGUGAACCCCCAGAGCUUGCCUCCGAGUUCAGACUUCUCCAUGGUAGCAGGGGACUUUGUGGAAGUUUACACUGAACCAGAGUCCUGGGACUGUGUGGCCACAUGCUUCUUUAUAGACACAGCUCAUAAUGUCUUAGAGUACUUGGACACCAUCUGGAAGAUACUUAAGCCUGGAGGUGUAUGGAUCAACCUUGGUCCCCUUCUGUAUCACUUUGAGAACAUGGUCAACGAGCUCUCUAUUGAACUUAGCUACGAGGACAUAAGGACAGCGAUAGUAAAGCUGGGCUUCCUCAUUGAGGUGGAGAAAGAGUCCAUGCAGACCACCUACACAGAAAACGAGUGCUCCAUGCUAAGAUAUGUCUACGACUGCGUCUUCUUUGUGGCACGGAAACCUAAAGAGCUGCACUUGAACGGUCAAGACGACGGGCAACAACAAAGCUUUCUCCCUUCUGCAAAGUCCUCGUGGCAAGAAUGCAGCAACAGACUAACGUGACAUGAAUUUCAUUUAGUUUUGACCAAAAAUGACCUUAUUAGAUGAAAUUAAAUGUUGACUUCAGUUGAAAAGGUUUGAUUUGUCAUAAAGCAAAAUGGGCUCUCAAAAGUGGACAAAGUUUCACCCCAAGAGAUAAAACAAAACAAAACUGAACAUGAAUCCCCAUUUUGUCUCAUUUGGAAAAAGGUUUUCAACUACCUGGGUUGUUUUUAAUUGCCUGAGCAUCGAAAUGCACUCUGCAUUUAUGUAGAAUAUGAUAUAAGGAAGUCCAGUUGGCUGAUUUUACAGAUGUUUUGUGUUGAAAGAGUGGGAAGGCUUGUGCAAUGACAAGUCCAUUUAGAAGAUGUUCUGGUCGUUCACCUCUGCGAUAGUGUAAAGCAGGCCUUUUAUUACAUCAGUACUUUACUUACUCUUUCAGUCAAAUCAUCUUCCAUGAAAUAAGCCCAUCACUUAGCAUUUUUAGAAGGGUUGAAUGAAGAGUUUGCCUUACUAAACUACUUUUUACUCCAUUCAUCAUCUUUUGCCACAAUGUAUGUGUAUAAAUAUGUGUGGUCUUGAAAUUUUGAACUUUUAUUUAUUCUUUUGGCGCCAAUGACUAAAAAAAGAUUUUUGUUAAUUGGUCACCUUUUAGUUUUAAGGCAUAAAGUAUUGCAGUACUGUACAUGAGUUUUUUUUUCUAUUUGUCUGCUUUCAAGUCAUACUUUGAAAUAAAGCCAAGCAUUUUUGAAA